AUGCUUCGGAUAGCUGGGCUGAUCCAGGUCCGCCGGUUGAGCACACAGCCACCGCAUCAACGGUUGUGGGAAAUUGCAAAAAGAUAUGUGUUACCGGAUCCAGAAAACGUAUUCGCGGCCCGCGAGCUCGAACGAUUGCAUAAGUGGGAUCAGAUGGAGCAAGAAAAAUUCUUAUUAAUCUACCGAGAUAUAGCGGCUUCAAAAUCGCACGGGGUCAUGGGAUUCGCGGCCCCUUUUAUAUUAUUAGGCACAUUAUUUUUGGGGUACGAAGUGUUUGCCAAGGAAAACGAAGAUCGGUACUGGACAACAAAGAAAUUUUUGGCCGAUGUGGACGAGCUCGGUUAUUUUGCCUGCCUGCCCGGGCUCGCCUUUGUCGUCGUGAUCAUUACCCUUAUCCGUUUCCAGCAUUUGCGCGUCCAAAGAAUAUAUCAAAAUAGGUCUAACCCUGAAGAGUUCACAGCCAUCGUCACGAAAAAUUUAGUUAUGCAAGGAAAGCAUCAAUUCCAUCGAUCGAAAUGUGUACCUUUGCUGGCGGAGUACUCCAAUGAAAAUCACAAAUUGUUGAUCGACGCUUUCCGCGGAAAUGUGCAAUUAGGAUCAAGAAAUGCAGUCCUCAGCUCCGAAGACUUUUACCGGAACAACUACCGCACCUACAUGCUUCAGGAGACAAACACGCCCCCAACACUA